AUGGCACAGGCACCACCCGCAAUUACCGUCCCGGAGGGCUACACCUUACACACGGAGAACACGGCACACAUCCUAUUACCCUCCUCAGAAGAGGUCUUCCUAAAUCCAGUGCAAGAGUUCAAUCGCGAUCUGAGCGUGGCCUGCAUCCGCGUAUGGAGCGAAGAUCUAAAUGCAGUGAAGAAAAACAAAUGGCUCGUGGCCGAAGAGCGGCGGGCAAAUAAAUCUGCAGAUGGCGGACCGCACAAGAAGCGGACGAGAGAGGAUGGCGCAAAGGAAUCCGCGGCGGAGGAAGUGGUUCAAACCGCGAACGGCGCCGAAAACCUUCCCGUUCCUACCUCCGAGUCUUCCCAUGCACCAGUCAAGGAGUACCAUUCUCACAAGGUCGUGAUCUUGGAAGCGCUGUCCGCGACAGGUCUGAGGUCUAUUCGAUACGCGAAGGAGAUACCGCUCGUGAAAUACGUGAUAGCUAACGACCUAUCGCCCUCCGCGGUAGAGGCGAUCAAGAGGAAUGUUGCUAUGAAUGGAUUGCAGGAGCUACCGACCGCUUCCGGCGACUCUGCAGGAACACCAUCGUUGCCACCACAGUCUGCAACAAUCCAGGUGAACGAAGGCGACGCUUGCGCUUUGAUGUACAACCAUCGCACACCUCGAAGUCGCGUCGAUGUUGUUGAUCUCGACCCUUAUGGCACUGCAGCACCCUUCAUUGAUGCAGCUGUACAAAGCGUCAACGACGGCGGGUUGCUGUGUGUCACAUGCACGGAUCUGCAGGUAUUGGCUACUACGAACUAUCCCGAGAAAUGCUAUGCCAACUACGGAGGCAUUCCGGUGAAAUCGGAAUGGUGUCAUGAAGCCGCGCUACGUUUGGUGCUUCAUAGCAUAUCCACUGCUGCUGCUCGUUACGGGCGCUACAUCAAACCUCUCCUGUCCCUCUCAAUCGACUUCUACGUUCGUCUUUUCCUGCGGGUUGAGUCAUCUCCGAGCGAGACGAAAAAGGCCGCGAGCAAGACGUCCAUCUUUUAUGUCUGCAGCGGAUGCCAGUCAUGGCAUGAACAACCGCUUGGAAGGAUGGUCGAACGGCCUCCACAACCUCCGCUGUUCAAGGUUCAACCUGGCCCUACUGUUGAGCCAAAGUGCCCCGAGUGCGGUUUCGUCAUGCAUCUUGCUGGCCCGAUGUGGUCAGGACCCUUGCACGACACCGAGUUUGUGACCAAAGUACUGGCGCAUGCCGAAGAAAACGCCGCGAGUUAUGGUACCGCUACCCGGAUGAAGGGGAUGUUAACCGUUGCAAAAGAGGCGAGCUCUGAGCUGGAAACGCCGUUCUAUUUCACUCCUACGAAGAUAGCCAGUCUAUUUCGUUGCAUCUGCCCGUCGCUGGACGAGGUCGCAUCUGCGCUGCUGCAUGGCGGACACAAAAUAUCUCGAUCGCACGCGUGUCCAGGUUCUCUAAAGACAACUGCUAGCCGGACGGAUAUUCACGAUAUCUUCCGCUCCUGGGUGAAAACCCAUCCCGUACGCAUGGACAAGGUGUCGGAUACGUCUCCCACCCACGCGCUACUGCAAAAGGAGCCUAGCUCCGAGGCGAACUUCACUCGUCAUCCUGACAGUGUAACGCGAUCGUAUAAAGUCAAUCUCGUCCGUUACCAGGAAAACCCGACGUCGCACUGGGGACCCAAGAAGGCCGCGGCCGGUGGAGGCGUCAAGCGCAAAAGGGAGAAGGAUGAAGGCGCAUGA